AUGGCUGACGAGGAGGAAAACACGAAUGGAAUAGAAAGCGCAAUGGAUGAUAAAACGGAGGAUGUAUUUCUAAAUGGAGAUAAUACUGUGCGCGAUGAUAAUGUGUGCGAAGAUGACGAGGAAGAGGACGAGGAGGAUGAGAGAGUGGAAAAUGGAACGUGCAAUUUGGAUACAUAUUCUUCGGAUCAAGUGUUACCACGGAGAUCUAGCCUUAUGAAUAGGGAUAAGGAUGGAAACAGACGACCUAACCGUAAAAAGACGGUUUCUUUCAGCAGUAUGCCAACGGAAAAGAAAAUCGCAACAGCCCAGGACUGCCUGGCCUACAUGCAGACAGGGAGUGAGCUGAUCAAGGUUCGCUCCAACAGCCGCCAGUAUCAUCGCUUCUUCUCCCUCAGCGGGGAUGUACAGGAGAUACGAUGGCAGCCCACCUCCAAGAAGCCCCACAAAGCUCGGA